GCGGCCUUGAUGUUGAGAAGUACAGCCCUGGAGAUGAAGAUUUGCGAGACAAUCAGGUUGCUGGUGUUGAUGCUGCCACGGAGGCACGGCUCGUGAGGCGCAUUGAUCUCCGUCUUGUUCCAACUUCUAUGUUCAUCUAUUUGCUGUGCUUCCUGGAUCGUUCGAACAUUGGUAAUGCGAAACUGUUGAACGCCGCCACGGGAAACUCGCUCGUUCAAUCAACUCAUAUAUCCGACCAACAGUAUCUGGUGGCACUCAUGAUAUUCAUUGUUGCCUAUACCUUGUUCGAGACGCCGUCCAAUUACAUGCUGAAGAAAUUUCGUCCAAGCCGAUGGAUUGCCUUCCUCAUGAUGGGUUGGGGACUUAUGACCAUGGUCCUCGGCGCGGCUCACAACUUCGCUGCGCUUGUCGUGAUUCGUUUCCUCCUUGGAGCGUUCGAAGCCGGCCUUUUCCCAGGCAUGAUCUAUUGUCUGACAUUCUGGUACAAGCAGGACGAGCGUGCUCUCCGGGCUGCUCUGAUUCUUGCCUGCGCGACCCUCGGCGGUGCUUUCGGAGGUGCGAUAGCGUACGGCGUCGGCCACAUGAAUGAUAUUCGUGGUUUGGAAGGAUGGCGCUGGCUUUUCAUAAUCGAAGGUGCUCCAUCUUGCGCGUGCGCCAUCCUCGUCUUCUUCCUGUACCCCGACUUCCCAGAGACGGUGAGCUGGCUAUCCGACGAGGAACGUAAUUUGGCCAUUGAACGGAUUAAGGGCGUCUCCUCCCUCGGACAUGCGAAGAUAACAUGGAAGGAAGCCAAAUUAACACUUAUGGACUGGAGACUCUAUCUGCACUAUCUCGUCUACAUCUCGAUCUCAGUACCAUUCUCGAGCAUUUCCCUGUUCUCGCCUACCAUCGUAUCCGGCCUGGGCUACGAAGGCCUGAACGCCCAGCUGUUCACUGUACCGCCAUACGCUAUCGCAUUUGUCUUGACUGUGCUCGUCUCGUGGCAAUCAGACAAACACAACAUGCGAUCAUGGGGUGCUUUCUUUUCUUUGGCUAUUGCAGGCAUCAGCUUCCUUGUGCAAGGUGCUCUGCCAUCGCACGCCUUCAAGGCACGAUAUGGCUUACUUUGUGUCGCGGUGGCCUUCUCUUUCUCUGGCAUCCCACCGCUCCUCAGCUGGCUCACUGCUAACUUGCGAAGCACUGGAGCAUCGACUCUUGCUGUGCCACUCAAUGUCUCAAUUGGCCAGAUAGGUCAGAUUGUCGGUGUUUAUAUUUUCAAGAGUUCAGAGGCGCCUGGGUACCCGACCGGGCACUUCACAAAUGCCGCAUUCCUCAUUGAAGGUGCGCUGGUGGUGCUACUGCUGCGCUGGAUAUAUACCGGGUGGAAUAGGAGGCUACUUCCCGGUGAACAGAAAUGGAAAUUGUAGUUAUGCUCCAGACGACUUCACGAUUACGAUAGAUACGAUUGCACCUCAUGCAAAGCAGGGCUAUCAGCCUUCUGCACCAGCGACUGCACCUCCCACGGCUUGACAGAUG